UGCAAUUUUUGUUAGCGUUAGCGUUAACGGUAAAGAUAUUACAAAGAUCCUUCUUCCUGUCUUCCAAAAUGCGACGUAAGAAAGCAAGCUGUUGCUUCUUUGUGGCUGGCUAUUCAAUAUUCAAGUGCAUCUGCAGCCGACCAUGACAGAAUCUUUCAGUUUAUCGCACCUAAUAAGACUACCACGAUGACGGUCUCUCGGCGCACGUCUCUCCUUGUGGCCCUUGUGGCGACUUUUGCUCCUAUUUCUUGGGGAUGGGUAGCUUCGAACUCCCGCAUCCAACGAGAUGCCGUGGUGCUAAGGGCCAAAAAGAAUGACAAUAUCGGUCGGCGAAAAUUGUUGGAAACUGUGGUAGCCGGAUCUGCUGCUCUGGUUGUGCCAUCGGUUGCCAAUGCGGCUGUGCAACGAGCUGUGGGUGGAGCUGAAAUUGACUGCCGAGAACAAGGGAACUGUCUGGAAAUUGGACAAUUGGAUGGAGCCGUCGGAUGGAAUUGGGGAGGAAAGGACCGUUGUGAUGCCAGUGAUCCUCGUUGUGGACCGGACGGAAAACUGGGAGACCUUCCCACGGGAAAGCCCAUCCCGGCUGUGACUAGCAAAAUCACGCAUGUGGCAGAAGUGGUGAUUGAUAUUGGUCGAGAGGAAUCGGGAGUAUUGCAUCUAGGUUUUUACGGAGAAGAGUGUCCCGCCAGUGUCCGACAAAUGCUACAAUUUUUGACUUCGGGAAUCGCAACAACCAGCAAGUUGGCGUUUGAAAAUGGCAUGGGUGUCAAGUCAUCCCCCGUGUCGCUAUUGCAGGGUGGAAAGAUCCCGGAUAUUGUUCCCGGAAAAGUGGUGGAUUUUGGUGUUCCGUCGCAGGCUGCUGCCUAUUCACGGGCACGAGGACUCCGAACGGCGGGAGAUGAGUUUGUGCCACAACCGAGACCCAAUGUGGACGACACCAAAGAUGAUCCCUUUGUGAGACAGCAUGACGUGGCUGGAUUGAUCACCGUCCCUUCCAAAGGCAUUGGGUACGGUGGCAGUGGAUUUGAAUCCGAGGAUGAAGCCUUUGAGAGUGCCUUUCAAAUCAUUGCCGAUGCCGUACCAGCUCUGGACAAGGGCAAGGGUCGUGUCAUUGGACAGGUGAUUGAUGAGCCAUCCAUGGCAUUCUUGGCUCGCUUGGCAUCCAUCCCAACCAAAAAAGGAAUCAAAGGUGUCGUCCCUGGACUCAACUCGGGUCCGCCUCUGCCGAAAGUCAGCAUCUACGAUGUCACGGUCAAACCAGUGCAGUAAACAAUGAUCGCGAACGUAAGCUUGACUGACAUGACGAGCGAGAAUUCAAAUGCUACGGUAGUACAGAUUGGA